UGCCCCCUUUGCUCCGGAAGACUUGUAGUGGGUCACUUGUUGGUGUGACGUCAUCAGCUGGCUAUAACGCAGUGGGCAUUGGGCAGCAUGCAGCCCCGGCGGCCCGAUGGUUUUGAUGGACUGGGAUACAGAGGAUCGGCAUGGGGACCUGGUCGAGGGGAUGAGGCACCUCCGCCCUAUCAGUACGGCUUCCCCACAAGGUCAUUCAAUUCCUCCGGUGACCUGUCACAGCAAUGGGUGACAACACCUCCAGACAUACCUGGAAGCCGCAAUCUGCACUGGGGGGAGAAAACCCCGCAAUACGGAGAAAGCAACCCUGCACCGCCUGGUCUGGGGGAGGAGAGCAGCGGAGGCGGUGAACAGCUAAAUAGAUUUGCUGGAUUUGGCAUUGGACUUGCAAGUCUAUUUACAGAAAAUGUUCUGGCUCAUCCGUGCAUUGUCCUGCGACGCCAGUGCCAGGUUAACUAUCAUGCAAGAGAUUACCACGUAUCUCCCUUUAGCAUUGUCAAUAUUAUGUAUAACUUCACUAAAACCCAGGGACCAAGGGCACUUUGGAAAGGAAUGGGAAGCACUUUUAUUGUUCAGGGUAUAACCCUUGGAGCAGAAGGUAUCAUCAGUGAAUUCACUCCUCUGCCACGAGAACUUACUCAUAAGUGGAGUCCCAAGCAAAUUGGAGGACACAUUCUUCUUAAAGGAUUGGUUUGUGCAAUAGCUACUCCUUUUUAUUCAGCAAGUCUUAUAGAAACUGUACAGAGUGAAAUUGUUCGCGAUAAUCCAGGAGUUUUGGAUUGCAUAAAAGAAGGCAUUGGCCGAGUUAUGCGCCUCGGUGUUCCUCACAGCAAACGAUUGCUGCCACUUCUCGUUAUUAUGUUUCCUACUGUUCUGCAUGGUGUUUUGCAUUACAUCAUCAGCACCAUUGUGCAGAAGUGUGUAUUGUUCAUUCUUAAAAAGAAGAAUCCUCCUCGAAACUCCGAUUUAAAUGGAGCUCAAAGCAUUUUAGAAGAGUAUUUCCCAGAACUUAUUGCAAACUUUGCAGCUAGCCUUUGUGCUGAUGUCAUUCUAUAUCCUCUAGAGACUGUUUUGCAUCGGCUUCACAUUCAAGGGACACGUACGAUUAUAGACAAUACUGAUCUUGGCCAUGAAGUUGUCCCAAUUAACACCCAAUAUGAGGGCAUGAAAGACUGCAUAAAUACUAUAAAACUGGAAGAAGGUACACUGGGCUUUUACAAAGGUUUUGGAGCAGUGGUUGUACAGUAUGCACUUCAUGCAGCAGUCCUACAAAUUACAAAAAUUAUUUAUUCAUCUAUAUUGCAAAAUGUCUGAUCAGAAAUCCAAAUGAAGCUGCAUGACUGACUAGCAGAAAUGUGAGAAUAGACAAAGGAAUCAUGUUUUUCUUUUUAAAUAACCAUUCAUACAGCUAUUUACAGAUAUUAAGAAUGAAAAAAAUGGGUGUUCUCCAUCUUAAGGUAAAUGUCCUGAUAAAGCUUUUAAAUGAAUCCAUCAUUAAAACAUUAUUUGUACAUAACUGCUAAAGUUUAUGCAGUGCUAAAACAAUGUGUCUGUCAUUUGUUUUUACAUAGGUGAGAUAUUUAACCGUGGAUGUGAAAAGUAUACUUAUUUUUUACAAACAAAAAUAAUAAUAAUAAAAAAAACAAGCUAAGUGAACAUUUA